UAAUUAAGGAUUAAAAUACGGAAAUCCUUAUUGUGCUGGCACACUUUGAUUGGUCAGCUGAAAGUGUACGUGUUCUUCAUCUCCACCUUGUCUCUUCCACAUUAUCUGCUUCACUCUCUCUCUCUUUCUAGAGCAACAAUGGCUACGACUGCUUCUUUCUUUACAAUAGCGUCGUCAUUCUCCGAGCCCAGGAUUCAGAUCCGUUCCUCGAAGCGCACAAGCCUUUCACUCCAAUACUCAAUUCCGUAUAAAGCCAAUUCUCGGAGCAGGAGGAGACUCGUGGUAAGCUCCGUUUCAGCGCCCAAAGUUGAGCUCCGUACUGGACCGGAUUAUCUCAUUUCAUCCCUCCUCUCUAAGGCAUCUGCAUCGGGCUACCAACAUGGGAUGAUGAGAUCCUACUCUACUACAGUGCCCAGCGAAUCAGACACGCAUGAUGAUUUCAAGCCUACACAGAAAGUCCCUUCCGGUUCUACUGCCUCGCUAAAGGAUAUCGUUGAGAAUGAUGUGAAGGAGAAUCCUGUUAUGAUCUACAUGAAAGGAGUUCCGGAAGCUCCUCAGUGUGGGUUUAGCUCACUAGCCGUAAGAGUUCUGCAACAAUAUAAUGUUCCUAUCGGUGCUAGGAACAUUCUUGAAGAUCAAGACUUGAAAAACGCUGUGAAAUCCUUCAGCCAUUGGCCUACGUUUCCUCAGAUCUUCAUCAAGGGAGAGUUUAUUGGAGGCUCAGACAUCAUCCUUAACAUGCACAAGGAAGGUCAACUUGAGGAAAAGCUUAAAGACGUCUCUGGAAACCAAAACUCUCAAUAAACUUCUAGAGGUUUUUAUUUGAUUUGAUUUGAUUUGAAUGAAAUUAUUAUGUUUUUUUUUUGUUUUUGAUGGACGGCAAUAAUGUCACAAGAAACUCAAAAUCUUUUGAAUCUUGGUAUGAACAAACAUUUAUUUCAUUA